AUGCGCUGCGAGCCGCCGCACCGUGCGCGCACGCUGCCCUGCCCGUCGUGCGUUGCGCGCCGCCCGCCGCCCGUCCCGCACGCGCCCGCCCGCACAAGCUCGCUCGCUCGCCACGCCCCGCCGUGCGCUGCGAGCCGUCGCACCGCGCGCGCACGCCGCCCCGCCCGCCGCCCGUCCCGCGCGCGCCCGCCCGCACAAGCUCGCUCGCUCGCCACGCCCCGCCGUGCGCUGCGAGCCGUCGCACCGCGCGCGCACGCCGCCCCGCCCGCCGCCCGUCCCGCGCGCGCCCGCCCGCACAAGCUCGCUCGCUCGCCACGCCCCGCCGUGCGCUGCGAGCCGUCGCACCGCGCGCGCACGCCGCCCCGCCCGCCGCCCGUCCCGCGCGCGCCCGCCCGCACAAGCUCGCUCGCUCGCCACGCCCCGCCGUGCGCUGCGAGCCGUCGCACCGCGCGCGCACGCCGCCCCGCCCGCCGCCCGUCCCGCGCGCGCCCGCCCGCACAAGCUCGCUCGCUCGCCACGCCCCGCCGUGCGCUGCGAGCCGUCGCACCGCGCGCGCACGCCGCCCCGCCCGCCGCCCGUCCCGCGCGCGCCCGCCCGCACAAGCUCGCUCGCUCGCCACGCCCCGCCGUGCGCUGCGAGCCGUCGCACCGCGCGCGCACGCCGCCCCGCCCGCCGCCCGUCCCGCGCGCGCCCGCCCGCACAAGCUCGCUCGCUCGCCACGCCCCGCCGUGCGCUGCGAGCCGUCGCACCGCGCGCGCACGCCGCCCCGCCCGCCGCCCGUCCCGCGCGCGCCCGCCCGCACAAGCUCGCUCGCUCGCCACGCCCCGCCGUGCGCUGCGAGCCGUCGCACCGCGCGCGCACGCCGCCCCGCCCGCCGCCCGUCCCGCGCGCGCCCGCCCGCACAAGCUCGCUCGCUCGCCACGCCCCGCCGUGCGCUGCGAGCCGUCGCACCGCGCGCGCACGCCGCCCCGCCCGCCGCCCGUCCCGCGCGCGCCCGCCCGCACAAGCUCGCUCGCUCGCCACGCCCCGCCGUGCGCUGCGAGCCGUCGCACCGCGCGCGCACGCCGCCCCGCCCGCCGCCCGUCCCGCGCGCGCCCGCCCGCACAAGCUCGCUCGCUCGCCACGCCCCGCCGUGCGCUGCGAGCCGUCGCACCGCGCGCGCACGCCGCCCCGCCCGCCGCCCGUCCCGCGCGCGCCCGCCCGCACAAGCUCGCUCGCUCGCCACGCCCCGUCGUGCGCUGCGAGCCGUCGCACCGCGCGCGCACGCCGCCCCGCCCGCCGUGCAUUGCGCGCCGCCUGCCACUCGUCCCGCGCGCGCACGCCGCCCCGCCCGUCGCCCACGUUCCGGGCUAA